GGCCACGGGGCUCAAACCCAGACCUUCUUGUUGUGAGGCGACAGCGCUAACCACUACACCACCAUGCCGCCUGGUGUCCACAUCAUUUUGGUCAUAGUGUAUUCAUACUUUGGGUUGUUAAAGUUGUAUCCUGACAGAAAAGGCAACAGGCUGAAAAUCUUAAGACUUGGCUUCAAUCUUCACAAGAGCCCCUGGACCAUGAGCUUCAAAACAGCCCCAAAUCAUCACUGAUCCAUCAAGGUUACACAUGGGAUCAUGUGCUUUUCUUGUACGCAGUUCCUUAUUUUUUUUCCUCUUCCCUGACCACAACCAUGUCUCACGCCUCUUGUGAUGGUGAUUUGAGUUGUCGUAUAUCUCUAAAAGCCUUGUAAUAAAAUGAGCAAUACUCUGUCUGAGACUGUGCUGCUUCUUUCAUCGUGGUUGGCCUUAAUUUUUGCAUUGUACCACAUGUCUCCUACCUUUAUUCAUUUAGUCAGAUGAUCAAAACCAAAACCACUGGGUGGGCCGUGUGUAAAGAGGCACCAUUUCCUUCAGAGAACCGCAAGAACUUCCUGAUAAUUUGCAUGAACUUCUGCAUGAUCUUCAUACAGGCGAUUCUUCAUUUUGAAAGUGUAGGUGUUUUCUGGUGAGGAUCCUGCCUCAGCAUGUCACCUGGUUUGUCUGGACAGCACAGCACUUUGCAGAGGAAGACUUAGAAAUGAAAAACAAGGGAAUCCUGUCACUCCGAGCCCUGAGGUCUCCGUCAAACAUGGCGUGACGUCACUGAGCGUCAGCUGCGCUUCCUGGUGCUGAGCGGAGGAGAAGUGAAACAGUACGAACUGAAUUUGUCAGGAAGGAGACCGAGAGACGGGACAGAGACGCGCUCUGAAAUGUGUCCCAGGUAGCCGGAGACACAGCCGUGUCCCUGCAGAUCGGACAGUACUCAGAGCGGCGAGGCGCGCGCGAUGCUGUAGCCAUGGACAGCAGAAUCCGCGAGAAUCCAGAAAGGACGUUUGAUUUGGUGCUGCAGGUGGCAUGUCCGUCGUCUGAAGGUGAAGAUCCGACAGUGCUGUGGAAGUUCCCCCAGGACUUUGGAGACCAGGAGGUCCUGCAGACGGUGCCCAAGUUCUGUUUCCCAUUUGAUGUAGAAAGAGUGUCCCAGAAUCAGGUGGGCCAGAACUUUACGUUUGUGCUGACUGACAUCGAGAGCAAGCAGAGGUUCGGAUUCUGCCGUCUGACCUCCGGCUGCAAGGUGUGCGUCUGUCUGCUCAGCUAUCUUCCCUGGUUUGAGAAUUACUACAAGCUGCUAAACACCCUUGCAGAUUACUUAAUAAAGCACCAGGAAAACGAUCUGAAUGAUGUGUUGGAGACGUUGCACGGGCUGGCCAUGCCGAAACCAAACACAGCCGUAACUCUGAGCGUGCACUUGCACUUUGUUGCCCCAGAUCUUACUGGACUUCCUACCAUACCUGAAAACAGGAAUCUAACAGAGUACUUUGUGGCAGUGGACGUGAAUAACAUGCUGCACCUGUACGCCAGCAUGCUGCAUGAGCGCCGCAUCAUCAUUACCUCGAGUAAGCUUAGCACUUUAACUGCAUGUGUGCAUGGCUCAGCUUCCAUGCUCUACCCCAUGCACUGGCAACACAUCUACAUCCCUGUCCUUCCCCCACACCUGCUGGACUACUGCUGUGCGCCCAUGCCGUAUCUGAUUGGAGUUCAUCUGAGUCUGUUAGAGAGAGUGAAGAGCAGAUCCCUGGAAGAUGUGAUCAUUCUAAAUGUGGAUACAAACACACUGGAGAGUCCUGCCGACGACCUGCAGAACCUGCCCAGUGAUGUGGUCUCGAGUCUGAAGAGUAAGCUGAAGAAGCAGUCGACUGCCACGGGCAGCGAAGUGGCUCGGGCCUUCCUGCGCUCUCAGGCUGCACUGUUUGGCUCCUAUCGAGAUGCUCUGAGAUACAAACCUGGAGAGCCAAUCACCUUCUGUGAAGAGAGCUUUGUGGCACACCGCUCCAGCGCCAUGAAGAGUUUCCUCGAGAUGGCUGUGAACCUGCAGCUCUUCAAGCAGUUCAUUGAUAGCAGACUGGCCAAAUUAAAUGAAGGAAGGGGUUUCACAGAUGUCUUUGAGAAAGAGAUCACGGAGGGGGGCUUUUGUGGAAGUAAUUCUAGGUCCUAUCAACAGUGGAUGCAUAAUGUGAAGAGAGGCGUGAAUAAGGCCAGCCCGGCUGUGAAAUCUGCGUAUAAGUUUGCAAAAAAAGGUUUUCGCGGUGUGAAGGACAGGAUAAGACUAAAGGACACUGAAGAGGAGGGUGGUCUGUACUGUUCGGGUUCUCCCACCAGCACUAAAAGCCUCUCACCGAGGAAGCUUCAGAAGAGACUGUCCCAGCAUCCAAAUUCCAAGUAUAUUGGCUUUUCAGAUUAUCCCAUUGACACAGAAGAUGAAUUGGACACAGCUAGCAAAAUCUCCUCUGAGGACAGUGGGGAGGUGCCAUUCUACGUAGAGGACAGUGACGACUCGUGUGAGUUGGAGCCUGAGGUCAGACAAACAGGCCAAAUGAAUUUGCUGGAAGAGAUACUCGAUUCACUGAGCACCACCACAUUAGAUCACGGCUCAAAGCUCUCCUCGGCCAAGAGCCUCGACUUCUUCAGGUCCAUGGAUGAGCUCGACUGCAGUACUACGAACAUGUCUCUAGAUAAAACUAGUCUAGUUCAGGCUAGUGAAGUGGGCAAGGCUGCCAGUGGAGAUCAGAGUGUCUGGAACAUGGGGCAGGAUGAUAGUGCCAUCAACGGCAAGCAGCUCCCUCCUUCCCCUCGUCGCCAAUGCAGCACUCACUCACUGCCAGCUCCUUCUACCAAACCCUGCAAGUCCCUUGCAGACAUGAGGAAUUCUCUCCAGGAGCCUCCCACUCAGCCCCUGGCACUCGAAGUGGGUGAGAACACCAGCCCUCCUGUCCAUCUAGAGCUGUCCUCGGACCUGAAGCUGAGUCCAGAGAGCCAGGUGACAGAGGGCUGCAGUGGCCUGAGGAGGAAAGUCAUAUCCAAAGAGACUCUGAAGUACUACCAGGAGCGUUCACAGCAAGGAGGAAGCAACAGGCAGCCCUCGCUGCUUAUUCCUUGGGAGAAAGAGAACAAGGGCAACGGAGAAGAGGAAGGCAUGGUACAGGAAAAAGGCUUGCUGGAGGAAAUUGAGCGUCGCUUUAGUGCAGCGCUGAACUCGGACUUGUAGCUCACACCAUAGUGUGACAGCAUAGUGCAGUCCAGGCGUGGACAAGAGCUGAGACUGUGAGCAUCCUCCUUUUCCUUUCUGACAUGUACACCAUAAUCCUGUAUCAUUUACUGAGCUUUCUCUUUGUGUACUUGUAGUUACUUUAAGAAUUUACUGAUUUAGUGGGUGUUGGUAUGUUUGUUUGGUGAGAUAAUUAGUGUAUCGUAAGUGAAUCCAAGGGGUGGCAUGGCAGCCGUGUGUCAGGUUACGUUGCUGUCUCACUGCUGCAGGAUCCCUGGUUCAAUCCUGAGCGUGGGUUACUGUCUGUGUGGAGUUUUGCCUGUUCUCCCUGUAUCUGUGUGGGUUUCUUCUAUGUUUUGGAUAGGCCAUGAGACAUUGCUCCUUUGUGUAAGUGAGUCUGUCAAUGUGUGAUGCCCAGUAUGGACUGGUGUCCUAUCCAGGGUGUAUUCCUGCCUCAUGCCCAGUGUUCCUGGUAUCAGCUUCGGCUCACUCGUGACCCUGACCAGGAUAAAGUGCUUAGUGAAAGUGAGUGAGGUGAUUCGAAGCCAGUAAUUUGCACUUCCAAAAACAGUUAAUCACUGUAACUCUAGAUUUUUAGAGAACAAAGUUAUGUCCACAUUAAUAUAUUUUUACAAAAUACUAUUUUUUGAACAAAACGGUAUGUCUUAAACAUAAUUCUGAUUUGCUUAUGGUACUACUAUGCAGAGUUCUUUAACCCUGAAUCUGGACUCAUGCUACCUUAGAUGUCAGUAGCUGUAGAUCGUUCAUGUUCCUCAAUUAUGUGUGGGUUGGUUGUUUUGUUUGUUUGUUUUUGUGGUGUACAUGUAUACCUCAAAGAACAGCAUGUUUUGUUACAAUGUAAGUGUGUUUCUUUUCCCAAGACUAUUCUCAGGUUAGCGUUUCCUUCAAAUAUAUUGUUUAUAUGCUGACUUUAGCUUUACUGUGCAGUAGAUGCGAUGCAGCAUUAUGGUUUAUUUCCCCCUCCUUCGUUUAGGAUACUUGCCUCUAAAGGACGUGCCACCCGAGCUAUAGGUGAAUAUAUAGGUGUGGAUUGUGAAAACAGGAUCCCAGUUUCCUCAUCACUGUAGCCUCAAAGUGUUUUAAUACAAGACAUGCUGAAUCUUAGAGCACAUGUUUGAUGGAAAUGGAAAAUGUGGCCAUUCCGAGGGCCAGGAUACUAGCUGACCGAAAACUUGGAAAGAAAAUUUAAAAAAAGAAAGCUUACUUUGUUCAUUUUAUACAAUUAGACACAUGGGAUUUUAUUUAAUUUUUUUUAGCACUGUAUCUCAGCUGUGUAAAAUGAUUCCAUCCAAGUAUUUGUUUUUAUUUCAAUUCAGUCGCUUGAACUCAUUCAGCCUCCAUGUGUCCAUUACAAAGACCACUUGAUUCAUAUGUGCAGAUUAAGUGUUAAGCCCUGUAUUUGUGUGAUAGUCUGCUGUCAAAGUCUGUUACAUACUGUUAUUUUGAAUCAUUUUAAUUUUUAAAUAAUGAAGUAUUCUGCGAUAUUAGGACCUGUUUAUGUUAAAGGCGGUAUUAUUUAACCAAACCCUGGGCCUCACUGAUCAAUCUUUUAGUAAAGUAGUAAAGUUUUGGGUAAAUGUUUGCGUAAAUCAAAACAAACUUGGAAAAAUUUCCACUGAAAUUAUAAAAGUUUUGGAAAUGCUGAUUUUCUUCGUACUUGCAUGUGUAUGCUAAUUAAUGCCAAUCACCUGUAAAUUGACGCCCACAAAACUCCGUAAAAGGUCAAGUGCACAGACCGCUGGCGACGUGAAAUGAAUAAUGAGGAUAAGCCUGAAAAACAGAGGUAGACAUUAUUUUGACUCACUUCUAUGCCGGUCGUCAUCUUACACAUUUUACCCACUUCUAUGUGGGAUCGAUGUGGUUAGGUUGAACCAGUAGGUUCAAGGUUGCCUUGCCUUGUCCAAGGGCCCAACAGCAACAGCUUGGUGGUGCUGGCUCUCAAACACCUGACCAGUAACCCAGAGCCAUAACCCAUUGAGCCACCACUGGCCACUCACUUCCAUGCCAAUAAAAUUUUAUUUACACACACAUGGAGACAUGGACACGAGUGUUUUCCUGGGAAAUACACCUCUCAUAUUUUUCGUCCGCGCUCCAUCUGGGACAUGAAGAACCAAAACCGUGACAUAAAUCUCUAUAUGUCACUCGUGCAGAAAUCAACAAAUUGUUUUGAUAAAUUUGGGGACAUUUUGUUUUUGAAUGUGUCGAUAUAAUAAAAAGAAAAUCACA